UCCAGAUCAUAAGGGGAGAGAUGCAGCUAUAAACAGAACCUUACAAGGGCUUCUCUCGUUAGCAAUGUGGAGAGCCAAAGUUCUGCAUCUCACCUGGCUGAUCUCCGAAAUCGGAGGCCUAUGUCUGACUUUGUUCCAGUUAGCAGACUGUGAUCCGAAAUGUGAACUGGAUGAACCAUGUGUUAAUUACAAUGAGGAGCACCUCAGUGCCUGGUAUAUCGGGUUACUGGCGUUGCUCCUUCUGGCCAUGACCCUGUCCUGCGGGUUCCUCUUCUGCAUGCAGUGCUGGCUGAAACGCCGGAGCAGCUUCCCCUGCCGGCGCACGCUCGCCGUGUUUGCGCUCAGCGACGCCGAUUCCCUUGGCGAAGCUUCCCCGCAUGCCUUUUCUGGAGCGCACACCUGCCCUCCCAACCCGGAGCUGGGCCCUUCUACCACCCCGCACGCCAUCCCCGGGGGGGCUGGACCGCCUCCUUCCUACGAGGAUAUUAUGAAGACAGGCAAACAUUAGGGGCCCGAUUCACACCCUGUGUUACUCCAGAACGACACCAGUGUGAGAACAGGGUCGGCCAUGAAGGUGAAGCCGAGAAAGAGGAAAUAUUUUAUAUUUAAAUUAAAAGGGGAAACAAACUGCAAUCAGAAGACGACCCAUUUUUUUCCUUUAUACUCCCCACAGAGAACAAGUUUGCCCUGUAGGAUCAAAAUUUGGGUCUGUAUUUCAGGCUCCUCCCAAGCUUAGGUUUGUCUGUACCCAGAAUUUUUGGUUCCACCUGAAGAUUUAGCCUGUAUCCUAAUUCCUCCCAGCCACUUACAGCUCCCUGACUUUCAGGGGUGAAGGCUAAUCCGUGACUAGGCAGUGGCUUCUGAAGCUUCCAGCAGAUGGUUUUACUUCCGUCACUUGGCCACGAGCCAGCGUGGCACCAGGUAUCAGAGUCACACUCUUCUACUGUGCUGUGUAAUGCUAUUAUGCCACAUGCACUGCCGUAGCUGGUGUGAAGGGUCUGUUACUUCUAGUUACAUUGAGCAGGGCCUGUGAGUAAUCCUGUUCGUUCCCUUCCAUCAAUUCUUCUUACUAAGCAAAGCGAGACUUGCUCAUUCUAAUAUAUUUACCAAUUGAUUACGUAUUGUGUAAGAUACCUACAAUGCCCAGUGCCCCUGUAUGGGGUACAUCCUGCUACUCAGGAUGUUGCAAAAACUAUGUGUGUGGUUAAUAGUUUUAUGACU